AUGAAUGGCAAUAUGGAAAUCUCCGAAGAUACGGUGCAGAAAAUCCAAAAAUUUGCUGCGAACCGUGCGGCUGUGGAGAUUGAGUCGGCGAGCCAACCUCUUAGUGCAACGGCUUUGCAUGCCUAUACGCGACGUUUAGAUGGGACGUUGCGAGAGCUUCAGGAACAAGUGCGACGCCAGGAGAAUGAAUUAAAUAAGCUACGGGAGAUCCGUUCUCACGGCGUUUUGGAAGAUGAGAGUGAUCCCUGGAUACGUGUCUCGAAUGCUCGAAGAGCUAAGAAGGCAUAUGAUUCUUUGUUCCAAAAAGAGGAAGAACUUCCAGUGACGGACUCGGUUCUUCCUUCACUAUUGGCGAUUGAAGAAACAUCCCAAGCCAUUAAGGAGAGCAAAACUUCCGUCUUAGUAACGGCGGAGAAAUUAUCUCAAGAUCGGGAACGCCUUCAUAUAGAGGAAGCAAACCUACGUGAUUCCUCUGCAAUUGCUAGUGGUCUUCGUGAGAGACUCCAGCGGAUCCGUAACGCCGCCACUCGAAAACAAGAGCAGACGCCUUCGCAAAUGGCACAAGAAACGCUAGGUGAACAGAAAAAGAAAAGACGAGCGCUAGAUCAGGCAUCUGAAGAUCUAAAAGUGUCUUUGAACAUAUUCAUCGACGAUACCCUAGCUCCUAUGCUCGCUGCAGAAGAUCUUGGAGGCCCUACGGUUGGCGAUGCGCUUGAAGUAUCUGACGCGACAUUAAAUGCCGGUUAUACGGCCCACGGGAGACCGAAGAGACAAAAGCAAACAGUCGACGCCGAUGAUGGUCAACAGCGGAUCGAUCAAUUUAUUAAUCGUAACAAAGAUGGCUCCGGACCGUCGAACAAGCGAGAAUCGGCAGCAAAGGAAGUGCAUGAACUUCUGAAUACCUUGUUAGAAGCUGGUACUUCAUAUGUGACUUUACAACGGGACUCUGCAAUCUCGAGGUUCCUUGUAAGAGCAAAAGUGGCACAAUUCCAUCCGCGAGAUGCGCGGCGUCUUCGGCUGAUUGACUUUGGCCGGUCACUGGGUGAAUAA